UAGAGACUAGACUCCACAGAUUCCAUCCCCAUUUCCCAUUUCUCCAUUUCCUCUCGUCUUUUACUCUGUUUUUUCUUCUUCCGAACAAACGAAAAAAGGGAUGUUAGGCGAUAAGAAAACCACAAUUCCUCGGCAAUCUUCCUACAAUUCCCUGUACUUGAAUCCCCUCAACGACCUCCGCCACGCCCGCAGCUGCAGCGACGGCGGCGGAUUCCGGCAAGGCAAAGAAAACUUGACCUCCAAUACGAAGGAUGAGAAAGAAAAGGCGAUCCCCACCAUUAAUAAUGGGAAGAAAUUUGGGGAUUUGAAGGCUUUGAAGGCUUCUUCGCUUCAUGUGUGUAUGCAGAUGAACGAGGGAGACAAGGUUUUCGCCUCCAAAUUGUGGGACGGCACCGAUUCAGAGCACUCCAGUUCGUUGAAGAUUUGGGACUUUUCCGAUUCUGAAGCUGCUCCAGCUUCCUCUUGGUCCACUUUGCCUAACAGGUCGUUGUUGUGUCGGCCAUUGCCUGUGGAUGUGGGGAGAUGUAGCUGUGUCAUUGUGAAGGAAAAAUCGCCUGAUGGCCUUCAUGCUGGCGCUUUCUAUUCUCUAUACACCAAUGAAGGGAAGGGACGGCAGGAUCGGAAGCUGGCCGUGGCUCGCCAUAGACGGCGGAGCGGGCGAUCGGAGUAUAAAAUAGCUCAGAGUACAAGAGGGAUACUCUGCAACGCAGAUGAUAGUUUUGUUGGAUCCAUGACUACAAACCUUGUUGGUUCAAAAUACCAUAUUUGGGAUCAGGGGAACCGUCUUAAGUCAAUCCCGGGCCAGUCGAAAACGCUUUUGGCUGCUGUAACAUUCAUGCCUACAACAGCUACAUGGACUGGGAGUCAUAGAAGCAUGAAGGCUUUCAUCCCCAAGCAUCAAUCAAUGCAGCUGAAAAACACCAAUCAGGUGCAGCACAUAGCAGGGCUGCCAAGGGAGUGGGAAGAAAAAAAGGACAAAGUCCAUCAGCUUGUUUCUAAGGCUCCCCAAUACAAUAAGAUUUCCAAGCAAUAUGAGUUGGACUUCAAAGACAGAGGAAGGGCAGUUUCAGGUCUUAUGAUUAAGACCUCUGUGAAGAAUUUUCAGUUAACUUUAGAGGAAAAUGGGAAGCAAACAAUUCUCCAACUUGGAAGGAUUGGGAAGUCCAAGUAUGUGAUGGAUUACAGGUAUCCAUUGACAGGUUACCAAGCAUUUUGCAUAUGUCUGGCUUCCAUAGAUUCAAAGCUUUGUUGCUCAGUAUAACCCUAUUUGGCUGCUUCUCAACUCCUUUGCAGUUCAACCUCUGAACAAGUUUAGGUGAAGAAGAUGUCUCUGUAAAUUCUCUCUGACUUCAGUUUUGAAUUUUGAUGAUUUUAGUGAAUCAAGGCCUUAGCCUAUUUUGGAGUAA